AUGAGUGUUUUUAUAAAGUAUUCUAAGCCGGGCAGUCUUGGGGCAGUAUUCAAUGUACAAGUUUUAUGGCGAUUUAAUUCCACUACAGCGGAAUCAAUAAGAAAAGAGGAGGAUGAGGAAUUCCGUGUUCUUGACAUAUUGAAGAAAAAAGAUAGACAGCAAAAGAAACAGAUUCGUAGGGCAGAUAUACAGCCAGAUAGGGCUGAUAGAAUGGCUACUGAUCAGAAUUGGGGCAAUGUGUGGCCUGGACCUAAAACCUUUCACCCUUCAUCUGUGCCACUGCCAAUACGACAAGGUUAUGUUCCUAAAGGGCAAGCACCACCAGGGAAGAAAGCAAAUGCUGAGCUUAUGAAAAUACCCAACUUCCUUCAUCUCACACCACCAGUUAUUAAGACACAGUGCGAGGCUAUAAAAAAGUACUGUACAGAAUGGCCAAAGUUACUGAAUUCCGAGGAAACUAUAGAAAAGCACUAUCCUUUAGAAAUUAUCUCAUCAGAUUAUUGUCAUGCCAGUCCUACCAUCCGGAAUCCCUUGGCUAGAGUAGUGAAUUUAAGAAUCAAGUUGUCGUCAUUAAAUUUGGACAAACGUGCAAGGGAUAAGUUCCUCAGAUUGAUUGGUGACCGUUAUGAUGAGAAAACUGAUUUAGUGACCUUUAUUGCUGACCGUUGUCCAAUGAGAAAGCAAAAUUUAGACUAUGUAAACUAUUUACUGACAGCUUGCUAUCACGAAUCAUGGAGUGUUGAAGACUGGGAGAGUGAAAAAACUGAAGAGGACAUGGAAUAUUACGAUUGGAAUAAUAACGCAUCCAAGAGGAGUCUGGUUAACUGGUUUUUAAAGUGCAAUAAUGAAGAAAAAGAAUUAACAGAUGAGGAAUACAAGAACUUUGAUAUUUCUAAGAUUCCAAAUGCAGAAGGUUAUAAGAAUGCAGUAAAUAGCUUGAUGAAUGAUGGUGAAUGCGAUGCCACAUUGAAAACCUAUGGUUCAUCUGUUAGAAAGCUAUUGGGGUUGCCAGAAAAGAAAGUAACAUAA